AGAUCUACAUUUCUCUGUAAUAGGCUUCGCUUUAAAAGUGAAAUGCAGUAAUUUUGUAUGAAAUGUUUUGAGAUCACUUAAAGGUUGAAGAGCUUUGUGCUGCCUCAUAAAAUGUUCCAUUUAGACAGAAUAUGUUUGCAUGACACUUGCUCUAUAGCUACCUUUCCUCCUCGACUAGUAAAGAUAUGCACGGAAAACAAAAAUCUUUGUUUUGUAAGAAUUUGGAAUUUAUUUUCCCAGCUGGAGUCCUUAUCUCUGUACCUGAUCCUGCAAGUUUUCAAUGUAUAGAACUCCUUUUGCACAUGGAGCACAUGGAGGAGUAGGUUUUCUGUGUAGUAAUAGUCUUUUCACAAGAACCAGCUGGGGCCAAAUCCUUCUCCCUUUUCUCAGAUCAGAUCAUGUUAUGGAUCCAACCAAAUCAAAAGGAUGCGUGAGCCGGUGAGAAAGAACAUGGACUUCUGAGAACACUAACUUCCUAGAUGCUUAAAAUAGAAGAGCCUGGGAUUAUGGUGAUCAGUUACCAAUGGCUACAAAGAUGGAAAAGCAAUGGACCCCUCUACCUGUACCUGUAUAAAUAAAGUUUUAGAAGGCAGAGAGAACUUAAAUUGAACCAAAUAAUUAUUUCAGCCAUGGGAGAAAAUGAAAGUUUUUGGGAGAGCUUGAUAUAUGCACAUCCUACCUGUGUAGCCUGGAAGCAAGAGCCAGAAGGAUCUAUCUACCAUCUAGCUAGUAUUCUAUUCGUUGUUGGCUUCAUGGGAGGAAGUGGAUUCUUUGGGCUAAUGUACGUCUUCAGUUUGCUUGGACUGGGCUUUCUCUGCUCUUCUGUAUGGGCUUGGCUGGAUAUAUGUGCUGCUGAUAUAUUCUCCUGGAAUUUUGUCCUCUUUGUGAUAUGCUUCAUACAAUUUAUUUAUGUUACUUACCAAGUUCGGAGUGUUUCCUUUGAAAAAGAAUUCCAGGAACUCUACAGUUCUCUUUUUCAGCCUCUGGGAAUCUCUUUGACUGUUUUUAGGAAGAUUGUCUUGUGUUGUGAUGCAGAAGUGGUUACUUUGGAGAAGGAGCAUUGUUAUGCUAUGCAAGGCAAAACACCUAUUGAUAAACUCUCUAUGCUUGUGUCUGGAAGGAUCAGCGUGACCGUUGAUGGAGAGUUUCUGCAUUAUAUUUUCCCCCUUCAAUUUCUGGAUUCUCCUGAAUGGGAUUCCCUAAGACCCACAGAAGAGGGUAUUUUCCAGGUAACUCUUACAGCAGAGACGGACUGUCGAUAUGUGGCUUGGAGGAGAAAGAAACUGUAUUUGCUGUUUGCUAAACACCGUUUCAUUUCACGUCUGUUUUCAAUUUUAAUUGGGAGUGACAUUGCUGAUAAACUAUAUGCCUUGAAUGACAGAGUGCACGUAGGAAAAGGACUUCGAUACGACAUCCGGUUACCAAACUUCUACCAAGUGGCAGUACCAGGGACACCCAAAGUGCAACCUGCAGAACAACUUGUGAGCAAUUCAAGACAAAAGUUCACUAACAUUGCAAACUGUGACUCUUCUAAAAAAUAACAAACGAAAAGAUAUAUGCUAAAUUAAAUAGGGAAAUACAAGUUAAUAACAGGAAAAUCAAGCUGAACAAAACCUAGUAAAGCCAAACUUGAUUGAAAGUGCCAUUUACUUUAGCUAAAAUAGCUUGCAUCCCUUUUCUCCCUGCAGAGCCAGCUGGUUGGCUUGUACAUCUUGACUAAUUAUGCAUUAUGAUUAAUUUCUUUUGUUGGUCUUAUUACUUUUGGGGGGGGGAAAUGAAUCAUGAUGGGAUGAAGCUUUAUUGUAAUUGUGGUGCCUUCUGUGUGUGUGUGUGUUUUUUUAAAUGAUAUUUGCAUAGCGCUCUUGAUCAUAUGUAUUCCAACUUGCUUGUCAUAAUGAAUUAUGAAUCUAUUUCAUCAUAGUGAAAAGCAAGUUAUCUUAUCUUAUUUUGAGUUGCUUGUUACAUUCAUAAUUACAAUAUGUGAACCUGAUCUUUUUUUAACCAUCAGAAUCUUAGAGAAGAUUACUUUAAAAAAAAAUUUAAACUCAGAUUGUCGUUUUCUUUUUUAAAAAGGGGAAAUGACAGAAUGUGAAAUGCACAGUAAGACAACGUUUUUUUUUUUUUUCUUUCAUUCAGUCCAUGAACAGUUGAUUUCUCUCAGGCUAUAGGAAAGAGGCAUUACAUGGAAACAAAAAACACUAGUGUAAUUGCCAACGUGAAAAAAAGUAAAGCAAUCAAUAUAAUUGCUGCAAAGUAUAUAAUAGGAAAAAGUUUGUGUAGUGCUUUGAAGUAGCUAGACUUCAAAGGUGUAAAUGCCAAUCAUAAUGUACAAUAAAUACUGUACAUCAAUCAAUCACUAACAUAUUUAAGUCUAUAUUUUACAGAAACCCUUUGUCAGGUUUGUCAUAAAGCAACACAAAUCAGUAAAUACGUGGGGCUACCAACAUAAAACAGCAAACUAUUCUUCUUAGUAGUGAAGUACUCCUAUUUAGCUUGCAAAGUCACUUUUCUGUGCCUAUAAACGUUUUAAUUUAAAAUACAUUUUCUCCCUAGUGUGGGUGUCUUUAAUAGUUUAUGGGGAUUGAAGAUCAACAUUUGGUUGGAGAAACCUAGUUUUAUACCUUUUCCAAUUGAUUUUGAGGUCAUUGUGCCUUUGGGGAAGAGGUGUUUGAAUGUCUUUCCUAACUUACUAUCUUGCUCUAUGCUUGAUGCAUGCCUAUAAUCAAAAAGGGAGAACCAUUACUAUUUUAUGAGACAAUAUUAAUGCUUGAUACAUAUCAAGGUAGAUUGCCUUUUUAAUAUUUAAAACUUAAAAAUUGCUCUAGGGUUUGGGAGGAAAAGUUAGUGCCUGCCUUUUUUUACUAGAUCUUAUGAGUCAUUGGUAGAGGUUUAAAGCAGUUGCCACAGUCUCUACCUUGAAGGUAAUCUUACUGUGUAAGAGGAAAAACUCUUUCAAAAACACAUUCAUCCUGGAGCCUGAGUGAAGUGGUUUUCAGUAAGAGUGGCUUUACAGAAGAAACCAAAAAAAUCCAUGUAUUUUAACAAAGUUAUUACAAGUGAUGAAAAAGUAUAUAUUGUACAUCACUCAAUACAAAUAAAAGUAGUAUUUACAAUGCAAGAACAAUUUUGCUUUUAGCUUUCUCCAUUUUCUAGAGAGAUAGAUAUGUAGUGGUGCCAUGUGAUAUUGCAGAGCUACUUGUGUAUAAUGGGGUAAUCCCAAAUUCAUUCUAAUAAAAACCUCUUUAUUAUGUA